CGCCACGGGUAAUGGUUUGCGCCAAUUAUAAGAAGAGGUAAAAAGGCAAGUUUUCCAAGGAAAUUUCGGAUAUUACCUAAGCUUUCAGUUGGAUCAUAACGUGUUACUUAGUCUCUCCAACAAGACAAAAUGAGCGGUUUAUCUGAAGGUGAAAUUGAAGAUGCCCGUGAGGUGUUCGACCUCUUCGAUUUCUGGGAUGGUCGUGACGGUGAGGUAGAUGCCUUCAAAUUAGGAGAUCUCCUCAGAUGUUUGGGACACAACCCAACCAACGCUAUUGUAUCAAAGCACGGCGGUACCGAAAAGAUGGGAGAGAAAUCAUACAAAUUUGAAGAGUUCAUUCCAUUGUACAAAGAAUUGAUGAAUGAGAAGGAUACAGGAACUUUCGCUGACUUCAUGGAAGCUUUCAAGACCUUCGACAGAGAAGGCCAGGGUUUCAUUUCCGGCGCUGAACUUAGACAUCUUCUCACAUCCCUCGGUGAGAAAUUGACCGACAUGGAAUGCGAUGAUAUCUUGAGAUAUAUUGACCUCACUGAAGAUUUGGAGGGCAACGUCAAAUAUGAAGAGUGCAUCAACAAAGUGAUGGCUGGACCCAACUAAGUAAAAAAGACAAACAAACAAAAACUUUUUAUAAAAUCUACACAUCCAAGAAAUCAUCUUUCAUUUUAGUAACAUGUCAAAAUUCCAGUGUAAAAAGGCAUUCGGGUGAUAACACCUAGACACAAUUCGUAAUUUCGUAAAAAGGCGACCCCAGAACUAGGAGCUCCUACAAUGUCAAGGACGGACUUACAUGUCACGUGACCCAACUGAAGAUAAAAAUAGUAACAUCCAGACAAUUUCUUUAAAAAUAGAAUUUUAGCCUCGUUUUGAAGAUCUGUGUAAAUUCAACUUUUGUAAAUCCGUUCUUGCAACACAAUGUUUAUAAAGGCCGCAAUUUGCCGUGUGUAAUUGUUUAUAUUUGUUGAUUUACUGUUAUUUAUUUUAACAUUUAAAACAUCUUUAACCGGUACCGGUUACAGCUGAGAGUUAUAAUCACGUGACGUGUUGUCACGUGGUGUUAUACUGAGACUGUGAUUGGUGAAUGAAUGUUGAUCGAGAAAAGAAACGAGGAAAACAUCAAAAUAUGGGUAUCCCUUAAAAAUCCUCGGUGUGCAAUAUAGCAGUGAUUAAAAAUUUAUUUAAUAAUAUAUUUUCCCAAACUAAGAA